CACCACACCCAGCCUAGUCAUUGUGUUUCUUUAAGUUUUCCUUAUGCUAGAAGUUUCUCUGCAAAACAAAACAAAACAGAAAACAAAAAAACCUUUCCUGACAUUCACAAUUAUGAGGAGCCUAGACCAGAUGUUUUGUAGAAUGUCCUAGAAAUAUAGAUUUGUCUUUUUGCUCCCUCAUAAGGUUCUGAUGUAUGCUUUUUGCAAGAAUACGUGCACUAACUUUUUUAUCCACCAUUUUUAAAGUUUUUAUGUAGGUUCAAAAUUUUAGCCCAAUUUUAGUUCAGUUUUUGUGUUUGUAAGUCUCAUUAAUCUAUGGUUUGGCAUAGGGUGUUAAGAAUGGCCACUUACCUGGAGAAUAGUAAAACUCUUUAGACCGUAGGAAAGAUCACUAGAAUAAUCUCUGGGAGGGGUAAUACGUUUCUCUGGAAACAAGCAUAAUAUUUUUUAACGUCCUUGGCAGUAUUCUUUGGAUGACUUAAUAUAUUGUAAUCAAGGGCAAAUUUUUCUACUCUUUAAGUUUUGUUACAAUAUACAGUCCAGGGAGCCACUUCUGGCAAACACUUGACCAGCUUUUCUGUUAUCCCUAAGUUGAAAGUUUGUUUUUGGAGUCUAAACAUUGAUUGUGUGUUCAGUUUGCAACCCUUUGGCUGUCCGUGUACCAGGAUGCUCAGCGGCUUAGGCUGUGUAUAUUUUGUGUGAAGUGAGCGCAGCGUGGAGAGGUGGCAUGCCUUAGAUGCCAGGGGAGCUAUGCAAGCUUGCUGUGGAAAGCAUGCUUCCCGCCUGUCAGGGCUUCCUGAUAGGAGACCUGGUGACACAGUAGCCUUUCGGCAGAGCUCCUCGGGAUGGGUAGGAAGUGCUGCUGCAGGUUUUGUCAGGGGGAAAUCUGAGCCAUUUCUCUGUGGACAGCUGUGUUUCAAAGUCUGGGCAGGUUGUUGUUGAAUUUUGCGUGGGCUGCCAGGAUUUUGUGGAAGUAUAAUACUUUGUCAUUAUGAGAUGUCGUCUCUCGGUGCCUCCUUUGUGCAAAUUAAAUUUGAUGACUUGCAGUUUUUUGAAAACUGCGGUGGAGGAAGUUUCGGGAGUGUUUAUCGAGCCAAAUGGAUAUCACAGGACAAGGAGGUGGCUGUAAAGAAGCUCCUCAAAAUAGAGAAAGAGGCAGAAAUACUCAGUGUCCUCAGUCACAGAAACAUCAUCCAGUUUUAUGGAGUAAUUCUUGAACCUCCCAACUAUGGCAUUGUCACAGAAUAUGCUUCUCUGGGAUCACUCUAUGAUUACAUUAACAGUAAUAGAAGUGAGGAGAUGGAUAUGGAUCACAUUAUGACCUGGGCCACUGAUGUAGCCAAAGGAAUGCACUAUUUACAUAUGGAAGCUCCUGUCAAGGUGAUUCACAGAGACCUCAAGUCAAGAAACGUUGUUAUAGCUGCUGAUGGAGUAUUGAAGAUUUGUGACUUUGGUGCCUCUCGGUUCCAUAACCAUACAACACACAUGUCCUUGGUUGGAACUUUCCCAUGGAUGGCUCCAGAAGUUAUCCAAAGUCUCCCUGUGUCAGAAACUUGUGACACAUAUUCCUACGGUGUGGUUCUCUGGGAGAUGCUAACAAGGGAGGUCCCCUUUAAAGGUUUGGAAGGAUUACAAGUAGCUUGGCUUGUAGUGGAAAAAAACGAGAGAUUAACCAUUCCAAGCAGUUGCCCCAGAAGUUUUGCUGAACUGUUACAUCAGUGUUGGGAAGCUGAUGCCAAGAAACGGCCAUCAUUCAAGCAAAUCGUGAAAGUGAGGGAAAUGAAACUGAUGAUUGACAAUGGGGGAAAAAGGAGAUCUGUGGCAACCUGCACUGAACGAGGCAUGCAGUGUUGUGAUGAGCGUUCAGAUCUGUGUCUCUUGGCAAAACACUUGGUUGGUUGUGUUUCCCGUGGUGACCAAAACUUACACCAGCUAUCCCUGUGCAGGUGCGAAAUUGAGGCAACUCUUGAAAGGCUAAAGAAACUAGAGCGUGAUCUCAGCUUUAAGGAGCAGGAGCUUAAAGAACGAGAAAGACGUUUAAAGAUGUGGGAGCAAAAGCUGACAGAGCAGUCCAACACCCCGCUGCUGCCUUCCUUUGAGAUUGGUGCAUGGACAGAAGACGAUGUGUAUUGUUGGGUUCAGCAGCUCGUCAGAAAAGGUGACUCUUCAGCAGAGAUGAGCGUAUAUGCAAGCUUGUUCAAAGAAAACAACAUUACAGGGAAGCGGCUACUGCUGCUGGAGGAAGAAGACCUGAAAGACAUGGGCAUUGUCUCCAAGGGGCAUAUCAUUCACUUCAAGUCAGCCAUUGAGAAAUUAACCCAUGAUUACAUAAACUUGUUUCACUUCCCACCGCUAAUUAAGGACUCAGGAGGUGAACCGGAAGAAAAUGAGGAAAAAAUAGUGAACCUGGAACUGGUUUUUGGUUUUCACUUGAAACCAGGAACUGGCCCACAGGAUUGUAAGUGGAAAAUGUAUAUGGAGAUGGAUGGGGAUGAAAUUGCAAUAACCUACAUAAAAGAUGUGACAUUCAACACUAACCUACCUGAUGCGGAGAUUUUAAAGAUGACAAAGCCACCAUUUGUAAUGGAGAAGUGGAUUGUAGGAAUAGCAAAAAAUCAGACUGUGGAGUGCACUGUCACAUAUGAGAGUGAUGUUAGAACUCCAAAAAGCACUAAACAUGUCCAUUCGAUUCAGUGGAGUAGAACAAAACCUCAGGAUGAAGUGAAAGCAGUCCAACUUGCCAUUCAGACAUUAUUCACCAAUUCAGACGGCAACCCCGGAAGUAGGUCUGACUCAAGUGCUGAUUGCCAGUGGUUAGAUACUCUGAGGAUGCGGCAGAUUGCAUCCAACACUUCUUUACAGCGUUCCCAGAGCAAUCCUAUUCUGGGGUCACCAUUCUUCUCAUACCUUGAUGGCCAGGAUUCCUAUGCUGCUGCUGUGAGACGGACCCAGGUGCCCAUUAAGUAUCAACAGAUUACACCUGUGAACCAGUCCAGAAGCUCCUCUCCUACUCAGUAUGGACUGACCAAAAACUUCUCUUCCCUGCAUCUCAGCUCUAGGGACAGUGGCUUUUCCAGUGGCAAUACUGACACCUCUUCAGAGAGGGGUCGAUACUCAGACAGAAGCAGGAACAAAUAUGGACGUGGUAGUAUAUCACUCAAUUCUUCUCCUAGAGGAAGAUACAGUGGAAAAAGUCAGCAUUCCACUCCUUCAAGAGGAAGAUAUCCUGGAAAGUUCUACAGGGUUUCUCAGUCACCACUCAAUCCUCACCAGUCGCCUGACUUCAAGAGAAGCCCUAGGGACCUCCACCAACCCAACGCCAUACCAGGGAUGCCUUUGCACCCUGAGACUGACUCAAGAGCCAGUGAAGAGGAGAGCAAAGUCAGCGAAGGGGGCUGGACAAAAGUGGAAUACCGGAAAAAGCCCCACAGGCCCUCCCCCGCCAAAACCAAUAAAGAGAGAGCCAGAGGGGACCACCGUGGAUGGAGAAACUUUUGAUGAAUUGAACUACAUGAGUUUUUCUAAGCCGGUUAAAAAAAAAAAAAAGAAAGAAAGAAAGAAAUGUCAUGGUUUUUGGUAAUAUGAUCCCUUCAUAUUGAAUUAACAAAAAGACAACACUUCCAUUUUUGGGAUUGGGAAAUACCUUCUAAUUGAGACUAUAGCCAAACCAGGGUCAAAAUUAUGGAUAUUGGUUACCCAGUGAUCAUAACUAGGCUUGAAAAUCACUACACGUAUUUUCUCCCUUGAGUGAACAUUCUUAGAGGAAAGGUUAUGCCAUCUUUUUACCCUAACCACUGAUAUUCUGGUUAACAGGGCCAGGACGAGGGUAAGGCAAAUAAGGUCAACAAAAAAAAUCAAAUGUUUAGGUAAUGACAGAAUGAGUGUUACUGAUUUUUCCUUUUGACUGAGGAUGCAAUAUGGCCUGGCAAGGCACUGUUACUGGUCUUGUCUUUAACAUUUAUAUUUUGUUCAUCAUAAUUUUUUUUCAUUUGUUUUAUUUUUUAAAAUAUUGCAUUAAAAUAUCAUUUAGCCUGAUUAUCGAGUUUUUUGGUUUGGGGUUUUUUGUUGUUUCUUUUUGGUUUUCUUUCUUUCUCCCCCUUUUUUUUGAUGUCCCCUUAAAUUUUGUGCCCAAGACAGGUACCUCACUCAUCUCACCCUUUGGCUCAGCCCUGCUGGUUAGUAUUUAGUAUUUAUUUUAGUAAGAUACUUGUGUUUUUAUGAUGGUCAGAGUUGAACUGAUCUGGCUUGUCAUUUUUCAGUAAUAAAAAAAGUUACUGAAUUUAAUGUUGAUUAUGAUGCAUAUCUCAUUCAUAUACAAUUUAUCAGAAACCAAAGAUUUAAAUUGCCUGGAUUUGUGGUUCUUUCUCUCCCUAAGUUCCCAGGGACUGCUUUCAAAUAUUAUUUUCUAAAUUUCAACAAAGAAGGAGCAAAGAGGAUAAAACAACACUCCAUAAAGGCCUCUUGGGAUGUCAGAAAUCUAAAAUCUAAAAGAAAACAGACACAGAGCAAGAUAAUAACGUCACAAGCUAAAAGCCAGAAAAAUUUAAAAUUACCAACAUCCUUGUUGGAGUCAGACAGUAAAUAUCAGCCUUGCAGCAAGACGGCUCUGAGCAGCUGCGGGCAAAGAGGUAAACCGGUGGGGGUGCCAGGAGACUGUCUGCAGCUUAGGGCAGAAAUGGUGGGAUCCAACUUGUGAAAUGCUUCAUGUUUUACAAACCAACAAGUCAGGUAACAACAAACUUAUUCUAUGUCAAAUCAAUAAAUGUUACUUUCAA